UUUCAGACAGAUGCUUCAGGAAAAGUGAAUAUGAACUCCUGCCCAUCCUUAGGAGUGUGAUUGCUGCAGAAUUCAGGGAAGGUCUCAGUGGGCCUGGAGCUGUUCUAGAAGUGGCAGCUGGUGUGGUGGGAGCCUGGUGAAAAUUUCAGUUUGGAAAUUGCCUUUGAUGUUUUUAAAGCUGCAGAGGUUAAUUCUGUGUUGUACCUGGUUGAAUAUCUUGGAAUUCUGGGGGGAAAAAAGACAGGCAGAGAAUAAACCAACUAUAUCACUUAAUAUUAAGUUGAACUUGCUUAUGGGUUUUGGUUUGAAAGGAAUAAUAUGAAUAUUUCUGUCUUUGUCAGUUCCCCUCCAUGGCAGACUUGCUGUGUGCUGGUGAUGGAACUGUCUGACUUGGGUUGGAGUUGCUCCUGUCAGGGCAGGAAAUGCACAGUCAAGUCUCCAUCAUCAUCAAAUACAACUCCUGUCAUUCUCCCCUUCCAUUCACCUACCCAAAGACCAAAUCUGGAAAUAGUAACCAAAAGAGAAGCCCACGUCACGCACAGAGCAGGGAAAGGUUGAAAUAAUUGAAGGGUUGGCCAGAUGCAGUGGGGCAUGGAGUGAACAGAAAGAGGUUAAAUUGAUGGAUGACCAACAAGAGCAGGAUUGUGCCUCAGAAGACCAAGAAACUAUCCUGAUUAAUGGGGUGAAGGAAAAUGAGCCGCCCGCGCCGGACGCCGAGGAGAGGCCGAGCAGCGCCGCCGAGGCUCCCCGGGACGGCCCCGCCGGCCAGCGCGGCCCCGCGGGCAGGAGGCCGUGCCUGCUGAGCCCCCCGUCCCCGCUGCGCCUCACCGAUGUCCCCGAGCACUCCGACGACCCCUCGGCCCACGCCAUCUCCCUGACGUCCUGCGUGACCAAGGGCAUGAGCUCCUGGUCGCUGCCGGGCGACGGCGACAAGGCGCCGUUCGCCAUGAUGGAGGCGGGCGGGAUGUCGGCGCUGACCGGCGACUGCCUGAUGCAGCCCAGCCGGACCUGCCUGGGCUGCUUCAUCGAGUCCAAGGACGGCAUCGACGCCGAGCCGGGAAUAAGCUUGAAAGUGGGGGAUAUAAAUAGGGAUUAUGACACCUGUUCGGUCUCUGAUAUAGGGAUUCACUGCAUGAGCACAGGAGAAACCAUGAGAUAUGGGGAUCAACUGCUUUCAGACCAGCUUUUAAGCUUCCCUGUGCAUAAAUCGAGGGCGGCGGACAAAAGAGAUGCAGAAAAAUCUGACAGUGAUUCAGAGGACCCCACUCAGAAAAAUUAUUACGAGGGAUUACUAUUAGACAAAUGCAAUGGUGAGGAACCUUUACUAACAAAUCCCAACCAGGAAUGGGGCUAUUUUGAAUCUUUCAUUAGUGAAAGUAAAAUCGAGCUGCUUGACCUCUGCUCCAAAAAUGAGCUUUCUGUAAAUCUGUUUUCUGAGGAAGACGUGGACAAUUACAUGUUCGACGAUGACGACUCCACCUUGGGAAGUGAUGUCUGCUCCCUAAAGAUCAGAUACGAAUCUUUCCAGGACAACGUGCGGGAGAAAACCACCACCCUACAAGAGGACGCCCAGUUCAACUUCUUCCCCAGCGUGUUCAGCAACUGCACCAAAAGGGACAGCAGGAGCACCCUGAAAAGGGGGCCCAGCGGUGCCACCGACCCCUCUCAGUUCAAAUCCGAGGAAGGCAUCAUCUGGGGGGAGGAGGAGGAGGACGGCGAGGAAGAGGACGGCGAGGAGGAGGAGAAAGCUGCCUUAAAUAAAUCCUGCAACAGCACAGAGAUGGUGCAGUACGUGAGCUCCAAGAGGAGCCACUUCUUGGACUCGGUGAAUUCCACGGAGGACUCCGGGGAGUUCAGCGACGACAGCACUUGCACGGAGUCCUCCUACGACGUGCUGCGGGAUAUCAAGGACUGCAGCCGGUACCUGGCCCGGGACCACUCCGGCUCCUUCAUCCAGCAGAACUACGGGCUGCGGGCCAAGAGGAAAGUGCGAUACAGCGACGACUACCUGUACGAUGUGGACUCCAUCGAGAACGAGAAGAUCCUGGACAAGAAGGAGUGGCUCCCGGACGGGCCCAAGGAGGAGGACGACGACGAGUGGUGCCCCAAGAAACGGCGAAAAGUCUCUCGCAAGGAGCCCCCCGUGAUCAUCAAGUACAUCAUCAUUAACAGGUUUAAAGGGGAGAAGCAUAUGCUGGUGAAGCUGAGCAAAGUGGAUGCCAACGAGACAACUGUUACUCUGAACGAGGAGCUGCUCAGCAAAUACAAGAAGCUGGCCCCACUGAAGGGCUUCUGGCAGGAGAGGCAGCAGAGCCGGCUGGAUUUGCUCAGAUCGUCUCUCUACCACAAGCAGAAUUUCUAUCUUAACGGCUCAGAUGCUUCGUUCCUCCCUCACCCACGGAAGCGAAAAUGCAAGCUAGCAAACAGGCACCGGAUUCAAAGAAUUAAAGCCAUCGAGCAAUCAGUGAACAAGCUGGGCUCUUGCUCCUCUGAUCACAAGCAGCCUUGCAGCAGUAAGGAGGACGUGGGCCUGAAAGGGCUGCCGGCGUUAGCCAUCGCCACCCCCAGCUGUGCCAACGGAUUGCACGUCCACGACAUCGCGGGCAUCGCCGUGAAGUGCAAACCGCAGGAGCGGGAGCACAAGGGGACGGAGCGGAAAGUGCUCCGCAGAAUCAAGUUCAAAAGUGAGGCCAGGUUGAAGUGCAAGAAGAUCAAAGCUGCCACCAGUACGGCAGAGGACUCCCCAGCACUGGAAAACCAGGACUCUGCAGCGCGUCUGAAGGACGAAAACAGUCCCUGUGCUUCAGACAGCUCCCAUCUCCCAGAGUGCCACGAGGAUAAGGUUGCUAAAAAUUCUCCUUUCCUACCAUCCACCUCCUCUUCAGACAAGCCUCUGCCAUCUGCUAAUAUCACCACCAAUGUACCCCUGAUCCCCGGAGGGUAUCUGCAGACGUUGUUAGAUGCUUCGGAUCUGUCGAGCAACACCGGGAUCCCGUACUUCGCCCAGCACCCCUCGGAGCAGCAGCAGCAGCAGCAGCAGCAGCAGCAGCACCCUUCUCUCCCCAGCAUCGUCCCGCCCGAAAAGCCCUUCCCGUCCCUGCAGCCGGCGCAGAGCUGCGUGCUCUCCCCGCCCUCCGAGUCGGAGCUGCAGCAGUCGCCCGGCCACUUGGACAUGGAGCAGGGCGGCUUCGGCAGCAUGUGGCCGGCCAGCAAGGGCGGCGAGCGCCAGGACUUCCCCGGGGACGGGCCGGAGGCGGCCGCGAUGCCCAGCGAGUUCGGCCCGGGCACGGACGGCCUCCCCGCCUCUGGAUACGCUCAAGUCAAUCUGAAUAGCGGCAAAUUGCUAUACCAAAAAAAUUACAUGCCGGAUAGCCAACAAGUGCAGUCUGAUGAUUCUUAUCAGUCAUGUCAUUUCAAUAAUGGAGAGGGGCGCUUUCAUUUCCAACGAGGUACACUCAGUACGGAUGAUGGCAGGCUCAUUAGUUUUGAUUCAGUGGGUUCAUUGUCAGUUAGUUCUAGCAAUUACAGUUCUUUAAGUUUAAAGUCAUGUGAAAAGGACGGCGAGGAUGAUAUUAAUGACGAUUUCUUGGCCCACUGCAGUCCCAAGCUAGUGAUCCAGCAGAGCAUAGAUGAAAUCACCCCUUUGAAGGAGUCCACGGACCUUUUAGACAUUUCCAACUUCACGCCUGAUAGGUUCCGCCAGUCGUCGCUUUCGGAGAUGUCCCCUCCAGACACUCCCAACCUGUCCCCGCAGAUAGCUGGCUCCGAUGCCAAGCCUCUGGGCACCCUGAAGGGCUUUCAGGAGAGCCCCCAGGCCUCCCUCAACAGCUCCGAGAAGGUCAAGUGGAACUGUGGGGUCCUGCAGACCGAGGAUCAGGCAGAUAAUGGGUUUGCUUUAAAUAAUCACCAGUUCCAGUUCCAUAUGUUCAACGAUGAAGAUUCUGUCAGCCUUCUCGAAAAGAGUCCAUGCUUGUCAACAUUUAAUGAGCCAUCUGGUCAAAUUAGCACCAAUAGCAAAGUGUCAAAAUCGAAGAGGAAAAGUUCAUCCAGCAAGAAUGUGGGUACAAACCAAAGCUCUUCCCAGAAAGCCACCCGGAAAAAAUCACCCAAAACCAACAAAGGAACCGAUAAGCCGCAAGGGAAGAACUCCAGGCAGGCACCCAAAUCCACCAGGAAAGGGAAAAACGCAGCGGGGGUCAACGGCGAGAAGGCUCCGGCCGUGGGCGGCAGGGCGGUCACUCAGCUGGGCACGGUGGCCGCGGCCACCAAGGGCGUGGCCGAGGGCGCUCAGCACUGCGGGCCGGCAGGGAUGAAGCUGGGCAAGCACAACGGGCUCUCUGGAGAGUGGGCACUGGGAAAAGAGGGGGGCACGGGCUGGUCAGAAACCAGCCUGGGCAACGCCAGCAGCCUGCUGGACGACGACCAGAGGGAGUUCGAGGAACCCUCCAACAUCCUGUCCAACAUCGCCUCGGGAAUGGCCGACGUGCAGCGGUUUAUGAUGGCCUCCAUCGAGCCCUUGUGGGGCCCCGUCGGCCACAACAGCGUCCCUGACAUAUUCCGGUCACCGGAGUCCAACAGCCUGAAACUGAAAACUCUUAAAAUUUUGGCAGGGACGUCCCAGGAGUCGAAGAAGAAGGCGAAUGGGGGCUCGCCGGGGGCGGCGAAGAACCACAAGUCGAACAACAAGGGCUCGAGCAAAAACAGCAAAGCCGUGAGCUGCGAGCCCGGACGCCCCAACUGCUCCACCGGCUUCACCACGGACAUUCACGCUCCCUUUUUUGAUAAAAACUAUAGUAACCUGAGCACUUUAGGCAAUAAUGGACCUACCCAUAAAAAACUCUACCGUCACAAAUCCAGUUCGAAAUCGCUGAGGGAUGAGAACUGUAAAAUCAAGCGGACGGACCGCGAACAGCCCCACAAGGACCCACCCGUGACAGCUGCUUUUGAGAAACUGAGGGAAUCAGACUCCAUUCUUCUUAAAGCAGAAACAGCAUUUUUGGGUUUUCCUGUAUUUGAAGAAGAGACUCCCUUUUCUAGAAAGACGGUUGAUGUUUGGUUCUUUUCUUACCAAUUUUUUUUUUUUCUCCGGUUGUUUUUUCUUUUUUUUUCCCCCCCAUCGGUUCCUUUUUGAAAUCUGCCUUGUGGUCUGUUGAAAUGUAAGUGCUGAAAUGAAGAGUUUGAAAUUGUGGGAAUUUUAUUAUUUGAAAGCAAACCUAAUCUGGUAUUCUCUGUGAAAGACUGUUUUAAAAGUCAUACUGUUGUACAGUAGUUUAUGCACUAUUACCCACAACAACAAAAAAUUGUGCCAAACUAUGAACAAGUGACUGUAUUGUAUAUAUUUUUACUUCUCUAUCAACAUUGGGUUGUGAGUGUUUUCUGCAGCUAUGCCUUUUGGUUUUACUAGAAACAUUCCAGUUGUUAAGUACUAACCACCCCCCUUCGAAAGCACCUGUAACUCACGAUGAAAAAUGAUAUUGUUCACUGAUACAACUUACCAAAAGUUUUAUGGACAUGACUAAAAGUGUGCCAAAUUUACUUACCUCAUUUCAUGGAUUCACCCUGUGGU